AUGCGUUUCGUCACCGUUGCUAUCUCUGCCCUUGUGACCAUGGCUUCCGCCUACACCCAGCCCGACUACUCCAAGGCUCCUCAGGGCAAUGCCAUCCUGAAGCCCGGUCUGAACGAGCAGGUUCCUGUCGGCAAGCCCUACACCAUUACGUGGGAUCCCACCACUCAGGGCCCCGUCUCUCUGGUCCUCCUGCGCGGCCCCAGCACCAACGUCGUUCCUCUCUCUACCAUCGUUGAGUCGAUCCCCAACACAGGCUCGUACUCCUGGACUCCCAGUACCGACCUCGAGAACGAUGUCACCCACUACGGUCUCCUUCUUGUCGUUGAGGGUACUGGUCAGUACCAGUGGUCGACCCAGUUCGGCAUCUCCAACCCCGAGGAGGCUGCCGACACUCCUGCUGCCAGCGUCGAAACCCCCGCUGUUUCUGCUCCCGCUGGCUCCGAUGUCACCAUCAUCACCACCGAGACGACCACUUGGUGCCCCGAGUCCACUGCCAAGCCCACCUCGAUCCCCGUCAUCGUUCCCACCGGUGGUCCUUCCAUCCCCUCUGGCUCGCCUACUCCUUCUGCCUACCCCAGCAGCACUCUGAUCAGCAAGACCUACAGCCCCAGCAGCCCCUCUGGCACGACCCCGACUCCUAGCCUCUUCACUGGUGCUGCCGACCGCACCGCUGUCAGCGUCGGUGCUGUUGCCGCUGGUGUUCUCGCCGUCCUCGCUUUUUAAGUUUCUGCCCUCUUGGGGUCAAACUCCGUUCAUGACCUGUAAAUUCUUCGGUGGACAUACUAAUUCUUGACUCUGAGGGGCCGAGCUUUCGCUUUUACUUCGUUUGUGUUUCAGCAUAGCCUGGAAUAUACUCUUCGUCUUUUCUUUGUAUUUGAGCCUGCCAUUGUAAUGCGAGUCUGCGCGGAUAUUGUUAGACGGGAUUCUAAUGAGAUAUGGCCAAAAUUGAGCGC